AUGUUUCUUUCACUAUCUAUUGCCGGACUCGGCCUUUCGAGUCUGGCAUAUGCCAGUAUCAACGCUACAACUACCCUGACGGGUUCCCUCACCACCUCCUCUGGUGUUCUUGAGAUCCCUCAGGGGGCUUCAUGUGCUUGCGCGAAGCUUUCUCAAGCCAUGCCUCAGAGCUUCAUUCUUCCUGGAUCGCAGAACUAUACGACCCAGGCUGUGGACAGCUACUGGGACAUUCGUGCAGAUCUUUCUCCCGCGUGUAUUAUCGUGCCCUCGACUGCCUGUGAAGUCUCCGAAGCCAUCCGUAUUAUUGGCACUUGCCAGUCCAAGUUUGCAGUUCGUGGCGGAGGUCACAUGAACUACCCUGGUGCCAACAAUAUCGAUGCUGGUGUUCUGAUAGGUUUGUCCAACUUGAACGCCAUCGACGUGAAGAACGGGAGUGUGGACGUGGGCCCAGGAAAUAACUGGUACGACGUUUACUCUGCCCUUGAGCCUUACGGUCGUGUCGCUAUCGGAGGUCGUAUGAAGACGAUCGGUGUUCCGGGAUUGAGCCUGAUCGGAGGAUUCCACUACUUCAAUAACAAGUACGGAUACGCGAUGGACAAUGUGAUUAGCUAUGAUAUUGUCCUUGGCAACGGAACUCUCAUCACUGUUACCCGGGACGCUCACAGCGACCUUUUCUGGGCUUUGAAGGGAGGUGCAAACAACUACGGUAUUGUCACUCGCUUCGAGCUGCGCACCUAUGAUGUCCCCAAGGUCAGCACGACCAUUCAAGUCUUCAACGAGACCAACAUUCCCAGCUUCCUGUCUGCUGUCUGCGAAGCUGCCAAGCUUGACGACGAAGACCCCAUCGCCGCCGGCAUGAUUGCCACCAUUACCUACAAUGCGACAACUAAGAUCCCAGAAGGAUCUGUCUUGGGUGUUCAAGCCGGGGUCAGCAUGCCCCCGUCUCAAUUCGCCAACUUCACCAAGAUCCCUGCCGUCGAGAGAAUCAACAACGUCACCACCAUGAAGCCUUGGGCUGAUACCCUUGACUCCCCCAAGCAAACCAUGCGUGUCCAAUUCUCCCACAAGACCAUGAAGCCCGAUGCCAAGGUCCUUUACUCUAUCUACAGCGCCUGGAAGGAUGCCGUUGAUAAGAUUGCCGACGUCCAGGGCCUCUACCCUACUUUCGUGACCAAUGUCAUAUCGCCUACCUCAAUUCGUGUAGCCAAGACAAACGGUGUGGGUAACGUGUGGGGUCUUGAAGAGGAGCCUUUGAUUAUCUGGCAAUUCAGCACCGGCUGGGACUUGGCCCAGGAUGAUCUUCGCAUGGAAGCUUGGUCACGCCAGCUGGCUGAGCACCUUCACAGUAUCAACAAGAAGUUGGGACUUGCUUCCGAAUUUAUCUACAUGGGAGAUGCCGGUGAAUGGCAGGACCCCUAUGCCGGUUUCCUCGGUAAGAAUGUUGAUCGUAUGCGCAAGAUCCGCUCUGCCUACGAUCCUGCUGGAGUUUUCUCCAUCCUCAGCUGGGGCGGCUUCAAGCUUGGUCUUUAG